CGGAAUCUCAAAGCUUAAUGCUUGCUGAACGCUGAGCUGCAGUGCUUUGCUUUUGCCUCCUCCUCCUCUUCCUUCUAGUAGAUAUUUCAAACAGGUUUUUUUAAAAAUUCACUGGGGGGAGGGAGCAGCAGCAGCAAAAAAAAAUAAUAAUAAUUAUAGCCCCUUGCCCAAGUAGCAGUUGCAAUGGGUGCUGUAAUGGGCACGUUCUCUUCUCUGCAAACCAGACAAAGACGACCCUCUAAAGACUUCGCCCGGUGGUAUUACCUGUCUCAGAGAGAUAAAACUGAAGAUGAGUUAGAAAUGACCACAGUAUGUUACCGGCCUGAAGGACUGGAACAACUUGAGACACAGACUAAUUUUACAAAGAGGGAACUUCAAGUGCUUUACAGAGGAUUCAAAAAUGAGUGCCCCAGUGGAGCUGUUAAUGAAGAGACAUUCAAACAGAUCUAUGCACAGUUUUUCCCACAUGGGGAUGCUAGUAUGUAUGCCCAUUAUCUCUUUAAUGCAUUUGACACAGCACAGAACGGAUCCGUGAAGUUUGAGGAUUUUGUGAUGGCACUUUCCAUUCUGUUGAGAGGAACAGUUCAUGAAAAGCUGCGAUGGACAUUUAAUCUGUAUGACAUAAAUAAAGAUGGCUAUAUAAACAAGGAGGAAAUGAUGGAUAUAGUUAAGGCAAUUUAUGACAUGAUGGGCAAAUAUACUUACCCAGUGCUGAAAGAAGAUGCUCCAAGGCAGCAUGUAGAAGUAUUCUUUCAGAAAAUGGAUAAAAAUAAAGAUGGUGUCGUAACCUUGGAUGAAUUUAUUGAGUCAUGUCAGGAGGAUGACAAUAUCAUGAGAUCCUUACAGCUUUUUGAAAAUGUCAUGUAACCACAGCUGAAGAGCAACAUAGGAAUCUGAGACUUUGUACGAAAUGAGACCCUGAAGAAGAGUCAAGAUUUUUUCUCCCUGCCACCUUUCGAUGAAAGCUUUUUACUACUCGGACACGCUCAAUGUGCAAGAAUUUUGUAUGCCAUCGCAAACUGGGCUGUGUCUCUGAAUGCAACAAACUCCAUCUCGCCUCCUUCAAGAGACACUGACUAAAAUUUAUUUCAUUUUGGAAGCAUGCUAAUAAAACCUGACCAGAGAGACUGCUGCUUAAAUUUUAAUGAAUUCGUUAAAUUUAAAUGAUGAUUAAAACAAUAUUCAACAUUCUGUUUGCUAAUCACAAAACUUCUGCUGCUUUUGCUCUAGCAAGCUGGAUUACAUAUGGUACCACAGCAUCAGUAGCUUGCUUAACCACCUCUUGUGAGCAGAAACUCUUUUAUCAUCAUCAAAGGGUGAAAUAUUGGGCUAAUACCUUGCACUGACAAUGAGACACUGCUGAAAGAGAUCUUGCUGAAUUGUGGGCGUGGAUUAAAUUAGGGCCUGGCCACUCAAACAGCUUAGAGAGCAACCAAGGCAGAGUUGUGGCUCAUUUUGCACCAGAUUCAGUAAUCUUUCUUCCAGGAAGUGUCUGCCAUUCAAUGAUAUUGCAUUUUCACAGCAUUCAGACUGCAACUGAUUGUGCUGAGAACAUGCAUUUAUUUUCCCCAUUGGCAAAGCUGCUGUGAUUAGGAGGGCUGUCAGAAUUUGUUUGCAAGAGUAGUAUCAUGGCAACUGUUGGUUAGUAUCCAUUAUAUCAUUCACUAAUGAUGAAUAAUGCAACUGCAUCCUCGCAACACGCCAAUGCCAUAUUGUUAACAAUUGGCACUCUGCAUGCCAAGAAGGGACUCACACGGAGUCUGAAACUGACCCUUCUCAAGGCAAAGUACAGGGAAGCGAGCGACUCUUCAAUCUCACCAUCACUCCUGCAGCAAGGUUUUGUACUUGAACUAAGGUGGACUUGCUGCCGUGGAGAGAGGAAAGUAAAAAAUGAAAAUGACAAAGGAAUUCUUUACACUGUCUUGAGAUUAGUCAGUUCCAGUUCUCUCCUGAAACCCUUCUGCAGGCCGUGCUCUCCUUCCUGUGCAAGAGAACCCAUGUGAUUCCAUGGUUGUUUGUUUCUUAAUGCAAGGGGAUAGCAACAAGAACAACCAGCUCUAUAGCAAGGCAGCAACAUCCCCUGUUUUAUAUGGACUGGAUAUUGCACCACUGGUUUUGAGUGGCAAUUUCCAGGACAAUCCUGCAAAUAGGGGCAAGCUUAGAACUGAUUGUUUAGAAAGGCCCGGCAUAUUAUUUGAUCCUUCUUUUUCCUUUUCAGUUUGUACUCUGGUUUUUCUCUAAUUCCAAAGAAGCUUCUCAUCCUUCAUGUAAGUCAGAGGAGUUUGGUUUCAGUAUUGAGAGUGUCAUGCUUUUUGUACUUGAAAACUCAGGGCACAAUACAUAAAGCAUUGUUUGCACAUGACCUCAGUUCAUUUUCACAGGAGCCUUUGCUUGAUAGCAACGCUUGGUGGCCUAUCUAGAGGUUCAUGUUGGUAGUUUUGAUUAUACAAAAUAAUAUCCGGUGCUGUCCACUGACCCCACUUCAUUGUAUACUAGGACAGUGAAGGUACAAUAACUAGGCACAAUAAAUUGCAGCUGGGGAUGAUGGGAGUUGUUGUUCAGCAACAGCUGGAGAACAACUGGAAGUAUUUAGAAGAAACAUUUUAAUUGGUUUUGAAACAACUUCAACAUUUUGGAGGGAUAACGUUCCCUCCAAAUGAAACACUCCCGAGGGGCAUCAUUUUCAAAAUAAAAUACCAAGAGGUGUUUUUAAAGUCCCUGUAUUAUUUUCAGCUAUUUUGGCUGAUUCUGAAACAUCUGUUGAAAGAAAACAAUUACAGUUUCAAAGUGAAUUUUGUUUCUAAAUAUUUCAAAGGAAGGAUUUGUAUUAAUCCACUGUCAAAUAUACCUUUUAAAGUUUCCAAUUGUAUAUAGGCCCUGGCCCUAUCCACCCCCAGCACAGUACUUCCAGUGACUGUUGCUGGUGUGUGUCUUAAGUUUCUUUUUAGAAUGUGAUCCCUUUGGGGAAAGGGAGCCAUCUUAAUUGUUUGUUAUUUCUCUUUGUAAACCGCCCUGAGCCAUUUUUGGAAGGGCGGUAUAGAAAUUGAAUUAUUAUUAUUAUUAUUUUAUUUAGUACUUACCAUUUAUGCUAUAUGGCUCUGAUCCAACAAAGAUUAGCUGCCCUUAAGCCUGGUAUCCUAAGCAAUAUGGUUUGAAAUUCUGUCGAUACUACUGGGGCUUCAUUCCAAGUACACUUGAUUAAGGCUGGACCACAGGUCCCAUUGCAACCAAUGAAACCUUUGGCUUGCAACUAUAUUGAGCCCUCCUAUCCCAUUCAGUAGCAGUUAAUCUUCACUAAUUUUAGGUUGAUUAGGGUGGUUUGAUUACUUCACACAGCCAUAAUCAUUUUUUAAAAAACAUUUUAUAUCCCGCUCUUCCUCCAAGGAGCCCAGAGCAGUGUACUACAUACUGAGGUUUCUCUUCACAACAACCCUGUGAAGUAGGGUUGACUCAGAGGGCAAGAAUGACAACUACUGUCAAUACAAAUGGAUUCAUGUCAAGUACAUCUGGUAUAAGAGGAAAGCAUUCUAACAGACAGAGAUUUUUAGUUGGGGAUAGGAAUAAUGUGCUACCAUGUGUGUAACCCUAUCUAAGUGUUCAAUGCUGGUUUUUACAUAACAAAGCAUCCAUCCUGAAAGUUAGGUAAGAACCGAUUCUUAAUUUUAGAAGUGAAAAAGACAAGAUAAACAUUUUAAAGCAAAAUAUGAAGCUUUGUUUACGGAGCAGCGCCAAGAUCUUGACUGGCUAGCUAAAAGAGCCUAGUUUAUUCAGAAUGUCCUAGGAAAGCUCCUUGCCUAUACAGUGACUGGUUAAAAGGAAGGGCAGCAGCAAGUGGCUCAGGUUACACUACGUCCUCUGUGGCCAUCAGAUCUCCAGCAAGGUUCUACAUAUAUUUUUUACAAAUGGAUUACAUUUUACUGGCAAUGUAAAUAUAUUUUAAAUAAGACACUCAUAGUUCUAUAUUUUAUAAAGCACAUUAACUGUAAAGCCUAAAUGUGUACAGGGAUCUACAUAGCUGAUGCUAACAUAAACUGGAUUUGUGGUGUUAAAGGUUUGUCCUCCAAGGAUCCUACCCUUUAUAUACUUUUGAAAUACUGAUCUGGAAAUUUAUUUAUUUUUUACCAGUACCAAAUAGCCCCACCUGCUUCCUGGCUCUAGCCUCACCUGUUGAUCAGUUCUCCCCACCUCUAAAGAUCCCCAGACUAGUAUUGUAAACUCUGGCACCCUGAUCCAUGAAAAAGCAUUACAUGUGCAGAGGCCUGGAAAAGGAAGGUGUUACCUAUGUGGUUCCCUGCUCCAACCCAGCAAGCAAGUUUUGGUGCAUGAAUCUCUUUUUUCAAGCUAAAAUUUCAAUGAUUUGCUGCUUGAGAGGAAUGUGGGGCUGGAUUUAGGACUCCCUUUUCUCCUUUGUUGCCAGACACCUAUUUCACAAGUUCUUUCUUUCUUUCUUUUUUAAAAAGAAAAAUUAGUAAUAUGAAUAUAUGGAUUUGAGUGACAUACAGUGUGUUCUUCUAUAUAGCACUGAAGAGACUGCAGAUUCAGAAUAUGGGAAAGACUCAAACUACAGGAUUUCCACACUUCUGCAGCAUUUUUGCAAAUAAUUGCAAAACAACAAUGCAGGAGCAGCAACCCUCACUAGUUAGGCAUUAGGAAAUCAAAAGUGUUACCGGGCACUAACUAUUAUAUCACAGAUUGUUGGGGGGGUUCGUAAUAAAAUAAUAUCUAUAAUUAUAAUGACUUUCAGUGGGAGUGAAACACAUGCUUAACUUUCCCAGGGAAAACUAUGGGACUGGGUCACACCCUAUAGUCCUCAUUUGGAUUGGAAGUAACGCCUCACCAUUUUCAGCUGCUUCAAUGUAUCAUAGCAUCUUGGGUGUUCAAUGUGUAUCUGGACAAAUAAUGGGCAGUUAUUAGGAAGUGAAUGUAUGGAUCCUCUAGUCCACCCCCCUGUUUUAAGACAAUGGAAGUACUAAUCCAAACCCAGCAUUGCGGGCAGGAGGGAGAACUUCUGUGGCUUAAAACUCCCCGUGUCUCCUGUCUCUCUACACAUACCAUGCUUAGCACCGCAAUAUGGAUGGUUGAAAUGCUAAGUCUUUGCUUCUGAGAACAAAAUCCCACUGAUUUUACCUGCUACAUGUCGUGAACCUAUCCUCCCUAGAACAUUGUUCUUCCCAUGUUCUCCAAGAGGUCUCUCCCAAUUUAGAGAUCCACUGAGCCCUUUCUCAUGAUCGGAGAGAAAGGGCUCAAAGGAAAGCGGGGAGGAAGGCGGCUAGCACUUACAUCCCUGCAGAUGAUCCUGCUUCUCUUCCUGGGCGGGUGAAUCGCCUACUCACAUGAUUGCCAGUAGCUGCCGGCAGCAUGGAGGGUCAGGGGAAAGGAAGCGGCCCAAAACUCUUGCCACCCAAAACUCCCCUAAUGCACUGUCCAAGUGCACAGUGCAUUGUGGGGAUUCCCCCAAUGCCAGCCGGGGACCCCAGUCUCCCAGCCCUGGGCUGGCAGAUGACCACAAAAAUGAGGUUACUUGCAGGAGGGCUCUGCAAGCGGUGGCAGCCACUUGUCUCCCACUGCUUGGCUGCCUUAGCCUGCUCUUGGCUGCUUGUGAGAACAGGCUCACUAUCUUCUGAAUGAAUUCCAAGUGGAAUCGUCACAGUGAAUUUAUCACAAUGCAUGUGAUGUAGCAGGCCAAGCCUGCGGAAAACUUAUGCUACAUUAAAUCAAUUAGUAUCCCUAAAAUUUAUAGUUCUUUUCUGCUACCAUACUUAUUUGGACAAACAAUGGAUACUCUUUGGGAAUCUGUCUCCAUAGUUAGUAAUUUAGGACAUAAAGCAAUAACACACUUGCCCUGCUACCUCCUGUGUGUCAUUAAAAACUGCUAUUAUGAUGUGCAUUAUUGUUAUAAUGCAAAUUUUUGGGUGCUGAAGAAGUAAUUUGUAGCAGGCAAGAAUGAGUACAUUUUUUAAUUCAGAGAUAUGUGUUAGGCUACUUCCUCUUCAUUUUCAACAAUGACCAGCCUUCCCAUUAGUACUCUGUUGUAUGCAAGAACACACAUGCUCUAUCCCAUUGAACACUAACAUUAAAUGUCUCCUUCCACUAUUUUUUUCAAUUAAGGUUGUUUGCUCAACUUCUUUAACUUGUUCAGCAUGGUCUACUGCAAGAAAUUCCAAACUCCACAAGUCACAGCUGGAAUAUAUUUCAUGCAGGAUUCAGAAGUUCCCCCCAGGACCAGGGGAUUUGUAUGUGGCAUGGCCACUGAAUAGCACAAUGAUUCUGAUCCUGAUCCUGUUGAAAUCAGUAGUAAAAAUCAACAGUAAAAUUUAUCAGUAGUAAAAUGCUGGAUUAUCCAGUAAUAUCAUGGGACAAUUGAUAAUCAAAUGGAAUAAGUGUCUCCUAAUCUGCGAUGAGGGCUGCUAGAGGCUAUGGAAGCAGGAUCUCCCACACCUACUGUUAUCUUUUCUUUUUUAAUAUAUACUAAGACUGAAGCCAUUGCUCCCUUAUUACUAUCUCCAAUUGUGAACUCAAACUGCGAUGAUGUCAGGGACCUUAGUAAUCCAGGUUGUUGUUGUUGUUUUAUUCUGAACCCAUGUCUUGUCUAGGAAGAUUCCAUGGACUGAACCUAUGAAUACAGAAUGUAGUCUGACUAAUAGUUUAAAAAGACAAAUAAAUUCAUGUAUAGUGUUGACAUAUAGUAUUGGUAAUCACGCUUAUUUAUGACAAUAAGCAUGAUCCAGCCAAAGUUACAGUCUACAUCUAACUUCUAUUCCUUUCAUUAGGAGACAGCUAUGGUUGUGUGCAUUGACAUCUGUGGGAUGCAAAAGUGUUUAAUUUUGGCUGGAUUAUUUCUCCGCCAACAUUUUAGUGCUCUGAAGCCUAAUAAUUGUUCAUAAUUGCAAUAUUUAUGACGAAGACUUGAUGAUAAUAAGAGAAAUACUGUGAUCAACUGUUUUUGCAUCAUUCUCAAUUUUAACAGCAUUACGUGGAAGGUAGUUUUUGGGUUGGUUUCUAGGUUACCAUUUUGAAAUGUCAGUGUUCUCCAUUGUACAGAUCUGCUCAUAAUUGUAAUUGUUUCCACAGUGUCAAAAAUAUUUGUCUGAUUCCAUUAGUUAUGAGUUAUUCUGUGUCAGGGAUAUCUUUUUUUUUUUUUUUUUUUUUUUUUUGCAAAUGUUGUUCACCUGCAUUUAAGGGCAACAGUUUGUUAAAAAUAGAAAUGCCAGUAAUGAUGAUGCAAAAAAACUUUAAUGUGUCUUUUACUGUUGAUGUUUGUUUUCCUGUUACUCAUAGCAAUGCCAUGAGCAACCAUGAAUAAUGCUAAUUGUGAUGGUUUACUGGAGAUAUACUGCAGUGUUCAGUUGGAAUGAUAAAUUAAUGGCAUCCCUGAAAUGUUGUCAUGUUGCAGAAAAACAUCCCCACUGUGUUGACAUAAGAAAUGUGAUCCAUAAGAGUGCAGUGGUGUUACAGCUUUUUCCUUCUUCAUGCAACAGCCACCAUAGUUUGUAAGGACAUCAGAAAAAAAACAACAGUUCAUGAUAAAGUAAAGCCAUUUUAUUGGAGCAGCAACGCAUAGCUUCACUUUCACAAAUACUAUGAUCAAACUGUAAUUUGUAUAAUAUUUUGUUGAACAUUUUCAAAGAUUUUGGUUUUAAUAAUAAAAAUAUAAUAUGUACAUAAA